UAUAGCUUUGACCGACUCUUCCAACUAACAGUUGCGAACAUGACGACGUUGACGUUAUGGAUCAUCUGCGGAUGCGUCAUCUAUAUGUUCCAGGUUGAUGCCGCGUAUCUCCCCAAGAGAGGGCCGGCACCUUUUAACACUAAGGAAAGGAUACUAGACCCGAAAAAGAGACCAUUUUGUAACGCAUUCACAGGUUGCGGCAGAAAGAGAUCGAAUCUGCCGGCCCUUUCAGACCAAGGCGAAGAGAUAGACGAGUCGAUUGGGAGCUUGUUGGAGUUAAGCGCAGAGCCCGCUGUCGAAGAUUUGUCUCGCCAGAUUAUGUCGGAGGCCAAACUGUGGGAGGCUAUACAGGAAGCCAAUGUGGAACUCAACAGACGCAAACAAGGACUCUCCGAUAUACCGGAAGAUGACGCCGUGCCUGCCAGAAGUGCCACAGCCUCUUGUGCACUUCCGCCGUGUUACAUUUAAAUAGGAACCUGGCCGUAUCUUUGCUGUUUUGAAAAUUGGGACUGGAAAGUUAUGGGAUUCACACGACCACCAUUCGCUAAAACCCAUCGUCGAACGUUUAAACAACAAAUUACAUUCUUUAGUGUUGUGGAACAGGAACCUGGCUGCAACUAUUUAUUACAAUUAUUACAAUACUUCUAUUUUUACCAGUCUCGCAUCUUAUCAGGUUUACCUUUUUUCUAGUAACCGUUACUUAAUUAGUAUAAUAUAAAUAAUUUAACCAUAUAAUUUAUAAAAUUUACUGAUAAUACAUAUUUAUAUAUCUUAUAGUAAUUAAUGACAAAUUGAAAAUGGUGUGCUUGGCAUUUAUAAAAAUUAAAACAGGCUUCCUAAACUAUUAUUAAUAUUUGUAAUAGGUAUA